CUUGGAGCGCGCCAGGUACCACCAUGGCAGCACGCCCAGGCAUCCGCUGGAUGGUGGUGGGGGACAGAUGUGCUCUCAAUGGCUCCAUUCUGCAGUUAAUGGAUGGAAAGGCAUCCUGAUAAUUCUGGCACCGGUGUCCAAGAAGCAACAGCAACAUGUUUCCAGUCUUGAAAGCGCAAUUUGAAAAGGCGGUGCCGAAGCAGUCGGCUGAGGUGGAUACAGUGCACUAUACUGAGCAUGUAACGUUCUCAUUCAGUGCAAGGUUGCCGCGUGCAAAACUGCACUCAAGAAACAGGCGAGCAAGGAGAGUGUUUAAGAACCUGUCAGCAUCCAAUCCCCAAAGAGAGUGUGAACUGGAUAGUCCUGCCUUUGAGUGGGUGGACUACAGCGCUCCUUCAGUGUGCCUCGAGGAAGAGGAGGAUGGGGCCUGCCUCCGGGAAGAGCCCGCCCCCUGUUCUGAGGACCCCAGUGCGCUGGUGUGCUCCAUUGACACCCGCCAGCUGCCACAGAAGAGGAAGCGGCGUCCUUGGGUGUCUCUCGUCAUUGACGACAUGGGGGUGGAUACCUGGGCCUCUGAGAGGGCCGUCCGCCUGCGCCCCGCUGUCACGCUGUCGUACCUGCCUUAUGGGCCCCAAGUACGGCAGCAGGCUCGGGCAGCGGCGGCAGCGGGGCACGAGUUGAUGGUGCACCUGCCGAUGGAGCCGUUCAACAAGGCGGCAGACGCGGGGCCCAACGCGCUGCACUCCAGCAUGGCGCCGCACCAGCUCAAGGAGCACCUGCACUGGGCGCUCUCGCAGUUUGACGGUUAUGUUGGGUUGAACAAUCACAUGGGGAGCCUGUUUACCAGCAGGUCCCCGGGGGGUAUGACGGUGGUGCUGGAAGAACUGCAGAAACGAGAGCUGUUCUUUCUGGACUCUCUGACCGCCACAGACAGUUUGGGCCAGGAGCUGGCAGCCCACCUGGGGACCACAUUCGGUGCACGCGAUGUGUUCCUGGACUCACAGCGCGGGGCAGUCUCUGCGGUGGGGGAGCGGCUGCAGGAGGUGGAGCAGCUGGCCCACAAGAAUGGGCAUGCCAUUGCCAUCGGGCACCCAUACGAUGAAACGCUGGAGGCCCUUGAGAAGUGGCUGCCCCUGCUGCACAGCAAGGGCCUUGUCCUGAUGCCCCUCAAGAAGGCUCUCCUUCGGGAACGCAAGGAGCGGGAACGAGCUGCAGGCGAGGCGGUGCUGGCCUUCACGCGAGCUAAGCAGCUGCGGGCCAUUCAAGCGCAGCGCGACCGGGCCUGGCAGGAGCGCCAGGCGAAGCUGGUGGCGGCAGAGCUGGAGCAGGCCUUUGGGGACGGCACGGUGCUGGCGUGGCAGGGCCUGCAGGAUGCGGGCGUGGAGAAGGCGCUGCGCGCCGCGCUGGCGAGGCAGCGGCCGCCAUCCGGCAGCCUCAAGGCGAGCCUGCAACGGCUGCUGGCAGCACCGUUCUGGGGAGGCAAAACGGAGGAGCCGCAGGUGGAGAAGGCCGCGGCGCGGCUGCUGCGCAGGCGGGGACACCCACAGCAGCGGCCGGACCUGUUGGCCACGCGGGCAGGGGGCCUGCACGCCCACGCCUUACUGCACCCGAAGCUGCCCGACAUGGUGCGCCGGGGCCGAGGCAGGGCCAGAGGUGGGAGGGGUCUUGUGGACAACAGUCUGCCGAUGCUGGCUGUGAGGGACGACGUGAAGGCCGUUCAGCAGGAGGGUGCCCGUUGCGAGGAAGCAGGGCCAGGAGGGGAUGUAGAAAGGAUGGCAGGCAGCAAGGGCCCCCCACGUCUGGUCGGCAAGAGACGCAGAGGCAGGCAAGACAGGGUUCCUCGGGCGGAGGUGGGCCAGCCAUGCCGGCAGCAACGGCAAGCAGGCGACGAGGCGCACCUUGGAGGCGCUUCACAGGAGGGCAGUGGCGCCACGGCGGAGUGGGCUCCCCUGUCAGGACACCCGCUCAGCUGGACGACGGGGGAGGACAGCAACGAGGCCGCAGCGGACCUGCGACGGGGCGUGCUGGUGGCAGCGGCGCUGCAGCAAAGCCGGGGACGGCUAAAUGCGCCAGGAGGACGGACAGGCCCAGGUGGGAGCGGGUGGCGGGGUGGGGCGAGAGCUGUGAGAGCUGGAGGGGGCGAGAAGGACCCCGCGGCAGCCCAGCAGCGGGGCGGGGAGGCCAACGAGGGCGCCAUGCAGCGCUGGCUGGCGCAGCUGGGUGGGGGCAAGCUGUCCGCCGGCAGCAGCCCCAGGAGCGUCAUCGUCCCUGAGGCACUUGAGGAGCCAGCCGACGCCUCCAGCCCCGAGCACUCGGCCCCCGGAAGUCGUACGCCGUCUCUCUCGUCCAGUGAAGUGUCCACUUGCGGGACAGGCCCGGCUGUGCUGGAGGGAUGGUCGUCCCCGGCGCGCAGCAGCAGCUCCAGUGACGAUGUGCCGAGCAGUCUGUCGGAGGCCAGCUCAGGCGAGGAGGCAGGCCCCGCAGGCGGCGCAGCGUGGAGAGCAGCGCUGCAGUCGGCCUCCACAGUGGCAGCCGCACUGGCGGUGGCCAUGCACCUGGCGGCACACGCCCGCCGGAAGACUGAGGAGGCAGCGCAGGCAAACCCGCCCAGGCUGGCUGGCCCCUCAGGCUUCACUGCUGCGAUCGGAGGACCCGAACAGUCGCUUGGGCCAGAAAUGUCGGCGAAUGGUGUGUCGCCCAAGAAGGCGACCCGGUGCAGUUUCAGCAGGCUGGAGAUGCGGCCUGCGGCGGAGCUGUCCGUUAAAGCGGCGGCACCCGCCAGCUCUGCAGCCCGCCCAGCUGCGCAGGCAGGAGUCCGGGCCGCAGCUGGCAAGGAGGAGGUGCUGCCCUCUACGGCUUCUGGUGCGGAUGCGGAUGGUGCGGCGGGCAGCCUGGCGCGCCCUGCCUGCCACGCCCUGGCCGCCCUGGAGAAGCCCACACAGGACCGCCCGCCUCUGGCCCUCACCCCAGCUGAGGCGAGCGGUGAGGAACUGCCAACACAACCACAGACGGGCGGGCACGAGGCCCGGCCCGCGUGCCAGCCAGCAGCCAGCCCCGAGGGCAACCCAGCAGACGGUAUCGGGGCGCCCGCGGUGCUGCAGCAGACGGACCACGCUGGCCGUGAGCUGCGGCGGGCCGGUCUGGUCGCACCAGGCGUCCCGGGCCAGCGACGAGCACGAGCCGUUACCUCCGAGGAAGGGGGACGCGCCUCCCAGGGGCCGGCCGUGCUGGUGGCCCUCAGGCAGCAGGGAGAGGCCGAGCAGGGGGCGGCCCAGCCGGUGUGCUCCCUCCCAGGUGCGGUAGAUGUGGCAGGGGCGCCAGGAGCUGCGAGCGGAGCAGCUGGGGCUGAGGAGGCGCAGCUGGAGGAGCCAGGGUCGCCUACGGCCAGCGGCAGCUUGAGUGCGGAGCCGGAGUGGUGUGACGCCGAGGCGGAGCCCGUGUCGCCCGCGAGCACCCCUUCGUCUUGUGCAGCCAGCGGGGUGCAGGGGUCCGUUGCGUGUCAGCUGGCAGCUGGUGGACGCGUGCAAUAUGAGUACACCUCCACUGGGGACGGGCCAGCGGAUGCUGUGCAUGCGCCCUUAGGGAGCACGGCAGUGGGUACAAUCAGCGAGUUGAGCAAAGCGAUGGGGCGCUGUAGCGGAGAGGGGGCCCGCUCAACGGCUAGCAAAGCAGGCGCAGGCGUGCAGGGAAACAUAGAGGCGGAGCAGAGCAAGAAGUUCGGCUGGUGGCGCUGGACGGUCGGGUGUGUCCUGGGAGGCUUCGAGGACGCAGGGACGAGAGAGAGCGGGGACCGCAUGCGGCCAGCAGCUCUACACGGGAAAAGACGCGUUGUACCCCUCGACGUGGACGAUCCGCAGUAAAGAAUUACUCACUUCGACUGCUAGCCUAGGCGUGUUGUUUAUUUAGUGUUUCGAGUUGCUCUACUUGUUGCAGGCUCGUCUCCUAGCCUCCUCACACAAAGUUAAGAGACGUGCAAUCCUUGAUACAACUGCAGAUCAGGGAACUCAGCGGAGUAGGUAGUCACCCGCCUGUUUGCAUCAGUGGCGCAUGGGUGACUGUAAAGUUAGAGGGUUGCCGCUUUGACAGACGGUAGCUUCAAACCGGUUCCGCAACGCAGCAACAGUUCAGGCCCAGUCAAGCGUUGGCACAUUGCUAAGCUGUUCUUACAGAACUAGAAUGUCUGAGGGGCUCAAUAUGAAUUGAAGACGGGACUGUUGUUACCUAAGCACACCUGCAUUUGGUUCUCAGCCUUAAUCUUGAAAAUGGUGC